UUUUUAUUUCAGAACUAAUGGACUACAUAAUAUUUAUGUUUUUUUGUAUUUUCGUAUUUGUAUUUAUAAAAAGUAAUAUUUCUUUUUAACAAACGUUUGUAAUCCAAACAACACAAUUGCUUUAACUGCAACCCUGCUACAUUUCUUUUCUCUGAAGUUAUAACUAAAACUGUCACUAGUUCUGUCAAUCAUCAAACCUGGCUCCCCGAGCAGUCGCAUGCCUGAGCAAUCAGAAGAAAGACGGGCCCCCUCACCGCCGUCCAAGCAUUAACACACAGUUAUAAAGUAACCUGUAGGGACAGUCACCAUGGAAACUUGUCUCAUUAUGCCAAAACCGAGAAAUAUAAAGAAAGAGAGGGGCAUGUACCUGCCAUUUCACAGCACAACUUUGCCAGAGUUUCAUUUUGUAGAUUGAAACAGAUGGGAAACCCUGUUUGGGAACGAGUCAGAACUGGAUCGGAUGCAAGUGGACAUUUUUGGCGAAUACUUCCACUUAUCUUCAUAGUUACAAAGUCGAACAAAGAUGUAGAGUGAAUUAACUCCAAGAUAUUGUGUGGAAUGAAGAGUUAGGCCUGGAUUACACCAUGGAAAGCAGGUCAAGAAAUGAAGUGUGAAGUCGUUUCUUGAGGAACAGUGCUUUCUUAUUUAAGGAGGUUUGAUAUUUAUUUGAUACGUAUCUUAAAUCAACUGGGAGCAUAAAGGCCUAUGCCAUGGGGAAUAGCAACACCAGGCCAAAGAUUUGCCAAGUUGCGCCAUCUCAUGAUCAAGCAAUGGAAGAUGAGCGGUCUCUGCUUCCAGCCUCUAAGUGGAUGAUCACUACUGUUCAAGGCACAGAGAUGCAAGAGAAAGGGAUUCUGGGACAGAGGAAGUCCAACUAUCUGCCUCCUCUGCCAGGAAGACAGGAAGUGCCUCUCAAUGUUGGUUUAGAGACAGGAUCUCAGAGUGUCUGUGAUAAAACUGGUGACAGUAUUGUAAAGUCUCACCCACCACAACCAGCAAAGGGAUGGCAACCAAUGGCCUCAAUGAAUACAUUCAUGGCAGAGUCUAAGGACAUGGAAUGGAGAGAUGGGCCUGUCCAACACAAUUCCACUCCCAGCCAGGGAGGGCACUGUGGGACCAACAACACAGUACAGGGACACAUGAAAGGUCUCCUCCUGGCACAGACGAUGCUCAGUCGCCAAGCAACCAAGAAGCGGCAGACUCAACAGAAGUGCUUUAGAGAAAGAAGGGGGAGGCAGAAGAGGGUCUACACCUCUGAAAUGGAAGGAAAUGAAGUGGAGGAUAGGCAGAGAGUCCGGCUUGUGUCCAGGCCAACAGAAAGAAACAUCUUCUGGGAUGAGUCUGAGGGACACAUUCUGGAUGUGAGGGACCUGCUGCAGCCAAGUCCAGAGCUGAUAGAUCCAGACUCUGAAAACGGGAUGAAAAUCAAACCACAAACGGAUCGUGGAUUUGAGUCUGAGGUUGAAGACUGGAAAUUUGAAGGUCCAGUGAUGAAAAGCUGUAGGAAAUCCCUCUGCAAAACACAUCUAGACAGAGGUUUGACGGAAUCUGUUCAAAGGUCUUGUGACUUACCUUGGCUUCAAGACUGGAGGGAAUUUGAAGAAAAACAUCAUGCAUCUAAGAAUAUACAAAUGGACAGCAAAGAAUGUGCUUAUGGAUGUUACUCUGUGUUAUGUACAAAAAGAUGUCCAGAAGAAUGGGAAAUUCAAAAAUAAGUAUUUGUUUCGGUCAACCCUAAAAACAGUAGAACACAGGCACAAGAUAAAGAUUAAAGCAAUAGUUUACCCAAAAUUAAAAUUAUAUCUUCAUUUAGGACACCCCACUCUCAUGUCAUUAAAAAGCUGUAUGACUUUCUGUAAAACAAAUAACAUCAUCUGGCCCCAUUAACUCCCACUGCGUGGACACAAAACAACAGAUCAAUUUCCAAAAACUCCCCUCCCUGGUAGGGCUGUGAAAGAUAUAUUGUGUGCAAAAUCAUAUUAUCAAGUAUGUCACGCAUUUUUUAAGCUCCACUAAAAACAGCACUCAGUGCUCAGAAAUACUUUAGUCAAGCACUGUGUGCACAUUCACAGCGGACAGCAUCAAGUGAAAUUAUGUGACGCGAGGAGGUAAUAAAGCAAUAAGCCCAAAGAAGCAGUGGGUUACAGUGCAUUUUAUAACAGCUAAGCGCGAAGCCACAUUCAUUGUUAUAACAUACACUGUAACCCAUGGCUUCGCGGGGCUUAUUGCUUUUAUAAAAAAGGUUAUUCCGUGUAGCAAGGUUUCAUAAAAUAAAGUAAAUAAAAUUAUAUUUAGGCUAUGUAAUGAGGUCAGCCAUUAUAAACCGGGGUAUUUUAUAAUGGCAACGGCAGAACCGGGCUCAGCCAAUCAGAAUCAAUUAUCAGAAUUUACCAUUUUAUAAUAAGUGUUUUCCUGACGAAUAAAGUCCAGUAGAAUAAAUCCAUAUAGACUUGUUUUCAGCCGCAAUUCACAUUUCUUAUGUGGGAGCAAUAUGCUGGGUUCACACCAAAGGCGAACAAUCGCGUUCCACGCUCGUUAUUACUCGUUGGAAUAGUUCGUUAUUUCUGCGCAACACCGUGUAUACACCGGACGCGACAGGCAAGACGCGUCAAGACAAAAUCCAUUAGAAAGGUAUAAAAACAAGUGGCGUAGCCAGAAUAUUAUUUUUGAGGGGGCUGUAAAUGAAGGGGCCAUUGUGUAUACGUAUAGGUUUCUAUACAUGUAGAUAUUAAUAGGUACUAAAAUGAUACACCUGUUUUAUACAGCUCACUUCACCGUUUUAGCAAACAUAAACAUAGCCUAGCGGCUCUUAAUCUGGUCCUCGCGUCCCCCCAUAUUUAGCUUCUCUCUCGUUUAACACACCUGAUUUAAACCAGCGCCGAUUAAAAUGAUCCAUACACCGUGUUCACUGCUCUCUACUGCCUGCACACAAUAAGCAGCGUCUUCAUACACAGACAAAACUUGCUACGGAAGUUUUAGAAGCCAUUAUAAUUUAAGAUGUUGUCCACACUGGAGGCGGCGCUGUGCAGACACGGUGUGAGUGACGCAAUCUGACAAACAUUUUUAUACUUCACAGAAGACGAGAUUGACUCGCGUUCGCGCCGAGUCGCCGACCAAUUCACGUCAUUCGCACCGCCUGCCGCUAGUUCGCGUCUAUGGAGGUCUUUGCAUUGACUUUGUAUGUAUGUAAUUUACUCGUGCAAAACGCUUAAUUCGCGUUGGUGUGAACCCAGCAUUAGGCUUAAAUCCGAAUGAUAGCAUGCGUGAACGAGACUUUGUUUAAAAACAGUUCUAAAGAAAAGUGCAAUACAACUUAAUCUAAAUCAUGUGCAUGCAUCCCACACAGGUUUGCUUUGGUAGGUUUUUUUCUAUUCCAGUGUGCUUCUUGCUUGUAUGCUGCACAGUUCACAGUACACAAGAGCGUUACUUGAAUUAAUCAGUUUAAAUGGAUAUACUCAAAUAUCGAAAUUUUUCUUCAUUCAAAUAUUAAUUUAUCCUAACAUCGUUUAUUUAUUGUUGAAAACCUGUGAAACACAAAAGACGACAUUUUGAGAAAUAUCUCAAUGGUUUUGUGUCCAUACAAUGGAUUUUAAAGAGGUCCAGUGUUAACAUUGUUCUUUAACAAAUCUUUCUUUUAAGUUCUGCACAAGUAAAAUCAAAGGUUGACAUGAGAAUGCGUGAAUGAUGACAGGAUUUGACAAGAAUAUAUUUUCAUUCUCUACUAAUAAUAUCAACAAUAAAUGUCCUGGUUACAUGUAAGAUGGAGCUAUAGGAGGCAAAAUAUCGCCUGCUUAUCGGUAUCAGGAAAUCCCAGAAAAUAUCUAGAAAUCAUUUUUUUGCCAAUAUUGCACACCCCUACUCCCUGAAUAUUAUUUCUGACCACUACUGUAAAUUACGUAAGAAUGUUUUCUGGCAAAAAAAAAUAUGCCAGUCAACAUCUGUAUUGUUUUCUUUUUUACAUUUUGCAAAAAGCGUUUAAGCUGUACGUGCAUAAGCUUUUACACCUUUAGCACCUUGCUCUACCAAUUAAACUACAUGAAAUCAGACACCAUCUUGACUUUUAGAACUUUUAGGAGCUUCAGUUUUAGAUCACUUUCACUUUUUAAACAAAACCAUGUCCAUGUGAACAUCAGAUUUAGAGGAGACUGGUAAACCAAAGAACUAAAAAAAUGCAAAUGCCAUUAUGCAUAGCAAACAUCUCUGAAAGACAUUCAAGUGAGAACACAAAGCAUUUUAUUAAUAUGCCUGCCAAGGUGAGAGCUUUUCUACACCCUCACGACUAAAAAAUAUACUUGUUUGCCAUUUGAAUCAGUGUGAUUAUCAUGUUAAAAUAAACACUGUAGUGGUCUUGAGUACAGCUGUCUCCUCUUCAUGACAAAAAAUGAAUUUUAACAGAUUUGAAUUAAUCACAAAACAAAUAAACAACUAUGAAUAAUGUAAUAACAAACACAUUGAGCGAUUGUGUCUGACUUUGAACUCUGUCGAGUUGAAUUGUAAUGAUGCCUUAUUUCUUUAUACUGAAUAGCUUUAAUUAUUGGUACUUGGAA